AUGCCCUGCUCAAGACCGUCCUGGCUCUGCUGCCGCCAGGUCUCCAGCCAGGGCUCAGGCCCCGGUUCCCCGGGCUCCCCGGCCGCGCCCAGCUCGCGGAGCUGGGACAGGAACGAGGGCGACGACGAGGACGAUGGCAGCGCGGCCUCCGGCCCCAUCCUGUCCCCCGCGUCCCCCAUGGAGUGUCUCAUCUGCGUGUCUCCGUUCGACGGCAUCUUCAAGCUGCCCAAGCGUCUAGACUGCGGACACGUCUUCUGCCUCGAGUGCCUCGCACGCCUGUCGCUGGCCACGGCGGGUGGUGGCGACGCGGUGGCCUGCCCGGUGUGCCGCGCGCCCACGCGCCUGGCCCCGUGCCGCGGCCUCCCCUCGCUGGGCCGCCCGCUGUCCCGCCGGCUGACCCUCAGCAGCCCCACCUGGGCCUUCAACGCGGCCGUGGCGCUGGCGGUGCUCGUCUCCGCCGGGCUCGUGGUCUCCGGCGUCUACAUCUUCCUCCUGAUUCCCCACGCCGCCUCGUCGGCCGCCGCGCACCCGCAGCUCGUCGCGCUCGCCCCCGGGCCCGACUUUUCCCUCUUCCCGCCUCGGCCCGCUCCAGGCGCUCCCUGGACGUCCACCUGGGCGUCCCCUUGGACGGCUCGGCCUGAGCUGGACGCUGCUGCGCCGGAGGCCACGCAGGAGGCGCUGGGACCUGAGCCCGCGGGGCGCGCAGAAGACCCGGUGGAGGCUGCCACAGCCUUGGACUGA